GCACCAUUAACCACCUGAAGGCACACACGACGAGUGAACGAGUGCCGAUCUCACAUCCACAUCUAAUACGCCUUCCAAUGGAGCCACGCACCAUGUUACCCAACUUCAGCACAUGGGUGUGUCUGUGCAUGUGGGUCUGCGGGGUGUCUUCCUCACCCGCGAUGCCACGGACUGAGGCAAAGGUAGAGCUAGUGCACGACGCGAAUGUGCUGAUGUACGGGGUGCUGCAAUUCAGCGAGUCACUGCACCACGUGCACCAGAACACCGAGGCCAAGCUGGCGCGCAUCACCCGGGCCAUCACAGACACCGAGAGCCUUGUGCAGCGUCUGAGUCAGGACACUGAACAGAGCAUCCGCUCUGAGCGCCAGAUCAAAGACAGGCUCGGCGUCAUCCAGGCCGAGACGACUGCACUACAAACCCAGGCUCAACAAACCAGAGGACUAGUCUACAAGGUGGAGCAAGGAGAUGCGGCGCUCAAGCAAAAACUGACCAAUCUGGAGGAAACCUUGAAAAGAUUCACCCCUGUCAGGAUCAGAGCACUGAAGGAGAUCAGCCAGAAGCACAGCACCCUUCUGCAGAACCUGGUGAACUGGACUGAGAUACAGAAACAGCAGCUGGAGCACCAGGACCAGCAGCUGGCAGAGUUACACAGACGGACAAGCAGGAGCACCUAAGCUUCCGUUCCACGGCUCACGAGCGAUCGGAGACCUCUGUUCUUUUCAGUACAUGAACAAUUCUCUCUCAAGCCUGGUUCCGGCACGUGUCGCGCUUGAAAAGCGAUCAGCAGGAACUAUGGUCUUUACGAACACUCCCAAGGUGGAAACCAAAACACAUACCUUCAUACAUACAAGACAUGCUCUUUCAUGAACGAAAUCUGAGGAUGCCAUUGUGAUGUACUUAAUAUUCUAUAUUAUUAUUAUUAUAAUCAUUUUUUAUACUUUAUAAUAAAAGCAACCUUAAAAUGUUUUCAAACAAA